UCAAAUGCAACGUGCACAAAAAUGAAUAACACCUCUCAAAGUGGCAUCUCUCUCUCUCUCUCUCUCUCUCUCUUGUCUCUAAAGCAUCACUGUUAUGAGCUGCUGUUUCUGAACGCAAAAGAAAAGAAAAGAAAAGAAAAAGAAAGAAGAAAAUGGCGGACAAACCAAGCCGAGCUCUGAUAUUGUACGGAGAUGGGCUGGCACCUUUCAUCCAACCAUCUCAUACCCAUCUCCACUCUCUCUCUUCCAAAGCUUCAUGUGGCUUCUUGACCCUCCCCAAUGCCCCUUGCUCUGAAAGUGAGGAUGAGAGAGUGGUUAGGGAGUUUGCAGUAUUGCUGGAUGUUUAUGAAUCUUAUCUUGACAAGAGUGGCAACACCACUAGAAUGCCAACCAUAUCAGAGAGGUUCAUGGGAAUGAAAGCUGCUAUAAUCACAAACAAUACAAGUUUGAAAUCUUUUGGUGCCAAACUGGGCAUUUCUGCGUUGCAAUUUGAUGACUUAAUUACAAACCAACAAUCUCUUGAGGAAUUACCAGCAGAAGUUGUGGUUGCUGAGUUGCUAAAGUUGCUCGGGUUUAAAGGAGGGAAGGCACUCGAUAUGAGUGAAUAUGAUGUGGUGUUUGUGCACAUUGGGGAUGGUGAAAAGGUAAUUAGUGAGAGAAACAAGGCGAAUAUUGCCAAUGACAUGGAGUAUGUCAAUGCUUUGGUUGGUGGUAUAUUGCAGAUAGCCCAACCUGCCUCUGAAAUUACUUCCCGUCUGCAUUUGUCCCUCUUGAUGAGCUUUGGUGAUGUCUUAGAGGACAAUGAUCCCAACUUGUCAGUUUUGAUGCCUAAAGAUGAGAAAAUUUCUGAUCUUUCAAUACUCUUCCCUCGUCAAAGUUACACCAUGAGAGGAGAGUCUCCACGGAAAGAUGUUAGGCACCAUUGCCCAAUUUUGAUUGCUCAAUGGCAGUAUGCUGUAACCCGCAAGGAUAUGGUAGAGGCAUUUUCUUUUAAAGAUUUUAAGGAGCAUGGUGGAAAUCUUGUAAUACCGGCAGAUAGAUUUCUGCAUGAGGUUGCCUUUAAGGUUUGGAAGGCCCCCAAGUAUGGAGCAUGAGAAGUAUUUAUCAAAGUCAUGUUAUGCCUUUAAGGUUUGGAAGGCCCCCAAGUAUGGAGCAUGAGAAGUAUUUAUCGAAGUCUUGUUAUGCGGAGACAAUACUUCAAAUUUUUGAGAUAAUUAUGGAAGAUAAAUCAGAGUGGCAGCUCUUUCUUGAUCCUUCAGUGGUAUUCUAACCUCCCUCUCCUGUAUUGCCAAAAUCAGACGCUGCUUAAGAACAAUUUGCUUGUGUAUUCUAGGUGGAUGGGUUUUUAAACAGUCAUUUGCCUGCCAAAUGCCAACUAAUGAUAGCGAUCUUGUUGAAAUUUCUGUUUCAUCUCAAUGCUGCCAUUUAAUAGUCAUUUUGAUAAUUUGAGUGCC